GACGACAUUUGGCGCUCCAGUCUCUCUCACCUUUGCUCUCACACGCAAGAUGAUAGCACAAACAACCACAACCCGUAAAGACGCCGCCCCCGACACCCCCAUGAGAGAUCACCCCGUCGUAGGCCAAGCACAGGUCUACAGCAGCCCCAUCACCAGCCUUCACCGCCGCCCUCAACGUCGUCAGGUCUGGACAGCGCGACGGGCCUGAUGGUCGUCAGCUGCUACGUCCGCCUCCUCCAGAUUUUCGAGAGCUUCGCCUCGGUGCUGCCGGCCACGCUGGAUGCCUGCUGCGCCGCCAGUGCCAGCCUGCUUGGGGUGCGCAUCGGGAGUUUUUGCCCUACGGUCGACAGAAAACUGAGCACCGUCUUCAUCGUACAGUACGUCUACCACCUCCUGGAUGGUAUCUGCGGUGCUGUCGAGGCGUCUGUCGGGACACAGGGCGUUCAUGGACCUACUCUUGUGGAUGCGAGGAAUUCGGAGGGGAGGGUGAGGGAGCGCAUAUCCACCAGCGUAAACAUAUCCUGUUUGUAGUCUGUAUGAUCGCAUAUAGAAAUUAGAGAGACGAUUUUGGGAGAAGACAGCGGGGCUAUCUUUUUCAGAGGUCAUGGGAGAGAAACUCUAUUAAAAGGCUUCACUAUGGAAGGAAAGAAAGAAGGGAAGAAACCAGCCUAAGCUAGGCUGGCUGAAUCAAUCAAUC